AUGGCUUGCUACAUUGAUAAAGCUCACAAAAUUAAAGGCAAACACCAUCAAGGACAAGUAGCUAGAGAAAUGUCAGUGAAACGAGUUUGUGAGAUGCAGUAUAAAAUUUCUGUCCCGCAAGAACAAUUCUGGGACCGUUUUGUCUGCAAUGCGACUUACUUGGCUAAUAGAAAACUUACAGACGUUAGCCCAUCUGUUCACUGGACUCUAAUGGAAAUUGAGUCAGUGGAUCACCAGACGAAAACCAUGAAGCAACGGUUCGUCAAACCUGAAUUCGUUGAAGGCUAUAAGUUGAUUGCAGCAACUACAAAAGUUAUUGACAACGAGCCCAGUGGCUUGAAUUGCCACAUCACUGCGGAGUACGAAAAGAGUGGCCUUGAGAUCAAAGACCUUGAAGAAGUCCAAUUCCUUGUGAGGAAUAUUGAGGUAAUGGAUUUUCUUUGCCGUGUUGAUGACACUAUUCCCCCUUAAAUCAAUCCAUGCCAUAAUCGAAGGAGGGUUCAUCUCUUUCUCAGGCCAUAAAUUUAACCCGCCCCCAGAAUAUAUAUAUGUGUGAGUGAGUAUUGUAUCCUUUAGGGUCAUGUCCCAUGACUUGCAUUAUCUCUAAAUAAAGUUGUUACGUAUUAUAUGCAUGAGUGCUUCAAACUAUAACUAAAUUCACAAUUGUCUACUGCUAAAUAUGAUAAUUGAACUCAGAACCUCUUCAUUA